AUGCUGUCAGACUGCUUGCUGAACAAUUUCAGAAUAACGGCUCAAAUAGGGUCGGGUGCGUAUGGACUAGUGUUCCAUGUGGUGGAUAUACUGACGAGCCGUGAAUAUGCAGUGAAAACGGUCUUCAAAUCCUCCUCGAUGGAUGAGUUUUAUAAUAAGAACGGUUUGAACAACAACUCUCAAGUGGCGCGAACCACUCUUCUGCAAACGCAACUGUAUCAUUUUUUCAAAAGUUUCCAAAAAAAAUUGUUCUUACCUUCCGUUGAUCUAGACUCGAUAUUACAGUUGACUGAGAAUGAACUAAAUAGGCUACCACACUACAGGGAGAUUGCCUUCCAACUAAGAGUGCAGUCUCACGGCAAUAUCGUGAAGAUUCACCAAGUUUUAGAAUCUUCUAUUGCCACUUUUAUAGUGAUGGAUUAUUACGACAGGGACCUUUUCACCUCGAUAGUUGACGAUAAGCAUUUUGUAAAUCAUGGUAUUUUGAUUAAGAAAGUUUUUCUGCAGCUUUGCUCCGCAUUAGAUCACUGUCAUCGUCUCGGUAUAUAUCAUUGUGAUAUCAAACCUGAAAAUGUCCUACUGGAUCGCAAUGACAACGCUUAUCUUUGCGAUUUCGGGCUUUCCACUAAAUCUAAAUAUCUAGCUCCAAAUGUGUGCGUUGGCAGUUCAUAUUAUAUGGCUCCAGAAAGAAUAUUGUAUUGUUUGAAUACCACCACCAACGGCAUACACGUCGACGAAUGCUGUUCGAGCCUCCCUACGGAUACAGGAGAUAUAUGGUCUCUAGGCAUCAUCCUAAUUAAUUUAACUUGCAUAAGAAACCCAUGGUUAAAAGCUCACCAGAAGGAGGAUAACACAUUUCAACAUUUUGCUAACGAUAAUAAUGUCCUGAAGAAAAUCCUUCCUAUAUCAGAUGAGCUGUUCACAGUGUUGACGAAAAUUCUACAACUAAAUCCAUACACAAGAAUAGACAUGAAAACUUUGAUGUCCGAAGUUUCCUCUCUUACUUCUUUCACCAGGGAAGGGCCCUUGUCUCAAGUUCCAAUCCUAUCGAGCGAAGUUUACAUGACGCAUAUUAUAAGGAAUGAAAACCUAUUUUUGAGCGAUUUAUCACAUUUUUCUGCAGACCAAGAACAACAACAACAACAGCAACAACAACAACAGCAAGUCCAAGAACAAGAACAGGAACAAAAACAAGAACAAAUACAAAACCAGGAACAAGCACAACAGCAGCAAGAAGAGGAAGAUGCUGAACCGGAGAGUGAUAUUCCAUCAACGUAUAAUAGUGACGGAAGUAUGGAAAAGUAUGAAUACACUAACAACCACAAUAAUAGUACCUUUUUAACUUCCUCAAUGGACAGUACACCUUACCAAUCUGAUAUCGAUGACGUUAGUGCUUCCAAAGAUUGCAAAUUCCAACAAGAUACAUUAAGAAAUAGGCUAUUAUGCUUACAAAUGAAUUUUUCUACUUUAACAGACGGUCCAAACGAGAAAUGGUUACCAGAUUAUUGA